GGUAGCAAGAAGAAAAAUGUAUUGCGUAAACAGGUUAAAACAACAUGAAAACCACCCAGUACUAAUCUCUUACAACACUUUCCUUAUAUUAAACUAUCAUGAAUAAUUCCAUCAUAUUUUUUCUCAUCUCCCUCCAUAUCCUAUGUAUGCCAAAGAUGAGCACCUGCGCCGAGUGCUGCACCCCUAUCAACUGUGACACAAAAUCUUCCUCGAGCGACGAAAGAAGCCUAUCAAUCGAAUUUCCUUUCCGCGUAAAGGAUCAACAACCCAAGUCAUGUGGUUCUCCUGGAUUCGAUAUACAUUGCGAUAGCAAGCUUGGCCCCCUUCUCGAGCUCCCUAAUGCCGGAAACUUCACCGUUGGUACCAUCUAUCAAUACAGGGAUUCGAGACGAAUCGAGCUUUUGGAUGAUUGUCUUCCACAAAAGUUAUUGAAGCUAGAUCUUACAACAACUCCUUGGCGAGUAAUAAGUCUUAGUCAGGAUUUCAAGGUGUAUAAUUGCUCCGGAAUUGAUGAUUUUGACAUCUCCUAUAAUGGCGGUAAAAUUGAUUGCCUUAGUGGUUCGAAUUAUACCGUUAUAGGUGCAAGGUCAUCUUCUACAGUCACUUAUUCAAAUUGCAGGUUUCUGAAGAAUGUGUCUGUUCCAAGUAUUCCAGGUCUUCAUGAAACUUACUUGGAGCUGAAUAGUUAUUCAAGUAUUUACCUUACGUGGGAUGAGCAAACGUGUACUCUACGUGGAAGUGGCUCAAACCGUCGUACGUGGUUAGUAGCAAUAACAAUUUUGGUAUGCAUUGUAAUUGGAGUUAGCUGUGUUUUGUUCAUUUGGCUAUCAACAAGAAAUGAUGAACAACGAGCAACAGUUGUUGUUACUACUACAAACACAAAUAACGUGGUGUCCCCUAGACAAAGUAGUACACAAUCAGAUCACCCUACAUCAUCACUCGACCAGAUCACAAUAAACUCAUAUCCAAUGGUGGUGAUUGGCCCGAGCCGACGCCUGAUCAAACCAUAUGAUGACAAGUGUCCGAUUUGCUUGACGGAUUAUGUACCCGGUGACACCCUCAAAAUAUUACCAAACUGUCUUCAUCGUUUUCAUGUUGAUUGUAUUGAUUUAUGGCUAAGUUCUAAAUGUAGUUGUCCCAUUUGCAGAAUUUCUCCCCCUCACAAUAAUUCUUGA